ACAUAUCAAAAGACAGUUAGACAGAUAGACAGUCAGAGAGACAUAAGUAUGGUGACGAUGCUUUGAGAUUUGUAUUGUUGACGAAAAGAAGGAAUGCAGUGAAGUAGUUUUUGUUACUUUUUGUAUUGUUUUGUUUAUUUUUAGUGCUUUUCUGAGGCUGUCACAUCACAAUUGAAAGACAAACCACUGUUUCCAUAUAUAUGACUUCUGUAUAUUUACACAAAUUAUCCACUCGUGACUAAUUCUCUUCCAUUUAGCUCAUGCCGACUCAAUAUAAAACUAACAACGUGUUAAAGUAAUACAAUUAAAAUAUUGUGACAAACUGAUAUUCAUUAGCUAAUUACAAGUUACUCUUAUUGAAUUCUUAUUCUGUCACAAAACAACCAUUGAAAAUAUAAUCCGUGUUAAGGGCUUCGUUAAAAUUAUAACUGUAUGAGAUGGGCGUGAAACAAUCGAGAUUCAACAACAUCCUCGAAGUACAAACUGGUAAUCAGAGAGGUUCGUCUACUGAUUCCGAUGUUUUUGUUAUAUUAUACGAUACUUUGGAAAACGCCACCGAGAAGAUACUUCUAGACAACACCUGCAAAGACGAUUUUAAAACAGGCGCCCGUGACACGUUUUAUAUCAAUCUGCCAGUUUCAUUUACAGAAGUGAGAAAAAUUGAACUUUGGACUAAACCGUGUGUUAUUGAGUUAACAUCUUCGGACUGGUUUGUAGAUGUAAUUAAAUUUGGGUACCGUUUUGGAGGAAAUACCAUUACUUUUCCUGUUUUCCGUUGGAUUAAACCAGAAGUCCAUUAUUAUUUGUAUCCGUGGGAUGCUUUCUUACCUCAGUAUGAUCCGGAUAAAUCUCAACGUGCGAGCGAAAUCGAAUGCAAAUGUACGAUCUAUAAUUUAAACUAUAAAGAAAAUUUUCCUGUUACGUGUAAAGACCUGCCACGCGAGGAAGAAUUCCCAUCAAAAUAUAUGAGGAGCAUGUUAACAAAAAAGUUGGACAUAGUUUUGACAAAUAUGUGUACCAGAAUCGUAGCAGGAAAAUGGCAUACACUCAAGGACUUAAUGAAUAUUUAUCGCAGGGAAAAACUUCCGAUGCCCAAGUCUGUUAAAUUCUGGCGGGAAGAUACAUGGUUUGGAUAUCAACGUUUAAAUGGUUGCAAUCCCACAGUAAUUAAACUCUGUGAAGAAAUACCAUCCAAACUUGCUGUAGACGAUGACCUUAUGAAACCGGUCCUGAAAGAAGAAACACUGGAAGAUUUGAUCAAGAAAAAACGUCUAUUUUAUACAGAUUUGAAUAUAUUGGAAGAUAUUAGACAUAGAAAAUAUUUACAUAUGUGUGCUCCUAUUGGGUUAUUUAUGUUGAAUUCCGAAGAUGAUUUGGUACCAAUUGCCAUACAACUGCAACAGCAAAAAGGACCAGACAAUCCUGUAAGAAUUUUCUAGAAUAUUUUCUUGUAA